AUGACGAACAAUACCGAACACGGAUCACGGAAGCGCCUCUUUUCUGGGCUCUACUCCAAGUCUCACAUCACCACCUCUUCACUUGUGCAGGAAGUGACAAGGGUUGUACUUUUUGAUCGAUUACUCCCGCUAUUGAAACGUCAUUCGCAAGGAAAAGAAGCCCUCAACGUUACCGACUUAAACUACGCGUACUCGAUGGAUUCCUUCGUGAAUUGGCAAUUCGGCUUGCAGGCCGGAUGCAAUCUGAUUCAGAACGAGCAAGAAAGGAAUAUGUACCUUGACGGAUUCUUCGCACGCGAACACCAUUCUUUCGCUGCCACCGAGCUUCCGGGCCUCACAUCGUUCCUCGCGUGGUUCGGUAUACACCUCAUCCCAAAAUCUGUGGACAUGGGAACGCAUGAAAUCGAGGAGUGGAACCUUGCCAUGUGUGAUAAGGCAGAGAAACCUUUGAGGAAUGGUAGUGCUGGCAAGUUUUCAACUAAGCCCGAAACCAUUUUUGCGCAGGCGCUAAAAACGAUGGGUUCGGCCGCUCAAGCAUCUGGGGGUAGCAAGAUUUCGGAGCCAUACGCCAACAGGAACGAAAUUGCAUGCGAGAUGUUCUCAGCUAGCUCCGCCGCACACGAGACUAGCGGUAACACCUUGACCUACGUCUACUGGGAGCUGUCCCGCCGCCCACACUUACAGGCCAAGCUCCGGCAAGAGCUGCUGGCACUCGACCCGCCUCUAGAGCUCCAGAGCAAGGAUGCCGCCAACAUGCCUUCAACGAAGAGCCUCCUGGCCCUCCCUCUGCUCAACGCCAUCAUCAUGGAGACCCUCCGCCUCUAUCCUGCCGUUCCUGGCCCGCAGCCCCGGGUGACGCCGCAUCCCCGAAACUCGCUUAGGGGUUUUGACAACAUCCCUGCUGGCGUAGUUGUGCAAUGCUAUGCUUAUGCACUCCAUCGGAACCAAGAUGUCUUUCCGGAGCCCGAGAUGUGGAAGCCUGAGCGAUGGCUCGAUACUUCGCAAGCCGAGCUGACGGCUAUGCGAAGAUGGUUCUGGGCGUUUGGAAGUGGGCCAAGUAUGUGUAUUGGUAGCAACUUUGCUCUUUACUGUGAGUCGCCACCCAUAUUCACCAUAACCCUCUCCACCAGUGCUUGGUGA